UUGGUGGAAUAGUUAUUGGUGUUAGAUAAUCGGCCAUAGGAGUUUAUAUAUUGCUGUUUCUCUCUCUCUUUGUUGAUCAAACAAAGAUAUCAAAUAUAAUAUUCAGCAAAAGAACGCACAAAAAAGUAUAGGUUAUUUAAAGCACAGAUUUAAAGUUUGUGACCACAAAUUAAUGGGUGUGUCGUAAUUUCGCAAUUCUAAUAAACUAUUUGCCAUUUUUCAGAUAAUUCUUUAUAUAAUCCUUUGAAAUUUAGUUUUCUACUUUAUUUUAUUUUGAUUUUUGGUCUGACCAUAAAAUGUCGCCGAUUCCUAUGCCCGGAUUAAAUAACAUGUCUCAUGAUAAUAUGAUAUGUUCCAAGUGUGGAGAUAGUUUUGAACCUCAAGAAAAAAUUGUUAAUUCUACUGGGCAAUUGUGGCAUCAGCAGUGUUUUGUAUGUGCUCAGUGCUUCAGAGAAUUCAGAGAUGGUGUUUUUUAUGAAUUUGAUGGUCGCAAAUAUUGCGAACAUGACUUCCAAGUUCUUUUUGCUCCUUGCUGCAACAAAUGUGGAGAAUUUAUUAUCGGAAGGGUUAUCAAAGCAAUGAAUGCCAGCUGGCACCCUCAUUGCUUCAAAUGUGAGAUGUGUUCUAUGGAACUCGCUGAUACAGGUUUCAUAAAGAAUGGCGGUAGAGCUCUGUGCCACGAAUGCAAUGCUAAGGUUAAGGCCAGAGGGUUGGGAAAGUAUAUCUGCCAUAAGUGUCAUGCUAUUAUUGAUGACCAACCACUCAAAUUCAGAGGAGAAGUCUAUCAUGCCUACCAUUUCAACUGCACUGCGUGUGGGGUGGAGCUUGAUAGCAAUGCUAGAGAGGUCAGGAAUCGGUCAGGAUUCGCCAAAAAUGAUAUGAAUGAACUUUAUUGUCUUCGGUGUCAUGAUAAAAUGGGCAUACCCAUUUGUGGAGCUUGCAGAAGACCUAUUGAAGAGCGUGUAGUUACUGCUUUGGGUAAACAUUGGCACGUAGAGCAUUUUGCCUGCGCAAAAUGUGAGAAGCCUUUCUUUGGUCAUCGUCAUUAUGAGAAAAAAGGUUUAGCAUAUUGUGAAACGCAUUACCAUCAGCUUUUUGGAAAUCUUUGCUUUGUAUGUAAUCAAGUGAUAGCUGGAGAUGUUUUCACUGCCUUGAACAAAGCCUGGUGCUAUCACCACUUUGCUUGUUCAAUCUGUGAUCAGAAAAUGAACCAGAAAACUAAGUUUUAUGAAUAUGACCUCAAACCGGUCUGCAAGAAGUGUUACGAGAAAUUUCCUGGAGAGCUUCGUAAACGUUUGAGGAGGCAGCAUGAAGCUGCACCUAAAGCUAGCACACCUACUUCUUCCUAAACAAAUGUGAAUGAGGUAUCAGAUGGAAUUCCGAAUUAUAGUAUUGGUAAUUUUUAUGUUACUUUCCCUUCACCUGUUAAACCGAUUUUGUCUUUAACUGUAUAUCUGUGUACAUAUUCGUACCAGUAACUUCAUAUAAAUAUGUUGGUUUGUCAAAAUUUUAUAUUAUUAACUGAAUAUGUAGUAUUUUUAUUAGGUUGAUAGAUUAUAAGUAUGUUAAAAAAGGUUUUUACAGCUUCACAGGAAAUGCCCAUAAAGUCUCUUCAAUAUUAACAGUAUGAGGCUUUUCAAGUCGAAAUAUGCAUGUUUUCUUGUCUUGAAUAAAUGUUUUCAUCACGGAAACUUGCAAAAUUACACAACGUAACUGACAAUAAUUUGUACUGAACUAUCAACUGUUAGUAAAAACACCUUUAUUGUGGUAAUCAUGAAAAAUGGGGUAGAUAUGGAAUACGGUUUCCGUAAAACUGGUGAAUCAAACAUCAAAAUAUUACCUGAUGAUAUUGUUGUAGUGAUGGUGAUAAUUGGCAGAUGACUGGUUUGAAUUUGGAAUAUUUGAGUGUUAGAAGGUACCCCGAUUACUAUCAUUUAUUACAUCCUGUGGACAACAUUGAUUCUCACUGCAUUUUAUCGUAUACAUUUUCUGAAAAAAAAUACAGAUUUUGAUACUUUUUAACACUACAGUUCCAGUCAUCAACAAUUGUCUCAUUUAGAUAAUGAAAACAAUGAAGUGCUUUGGAUAAUGGAUAAUGUUUUGGAGCACUCUGUUGCUUGUAUGGACAGAGUUUAGUAAACCUAACGAAAAGCAAGUUAAAGCUGUGAACAAUGAAAUGAACAAUCUCGAAAGACGAAUCUGUUCUCUUAAAUUUUUCGUGGACCAAUAGACCUAGUUCCAUUUUUAUCCAUUAAAAACAUACAUAAAAUCAAAUCUUUUCUCUUUAUAAUAUUGGUAUAAAAAACCCUUAUAAUUAUAAGUGUUUGAAGUUAUAAUUUUAACUUCAGUAUUAAUUCACUCAUCCACUAAAAUUACUUCCUGAAAAGUAGAAUUGAAAACUUUGUAUUUUACCAAUCAGAUUGCUGUCAUCAGGAAAUGGCAAGUUCAGACUAUUUUUUACUUAACAGGUUGAACGUUUUUACAAAAUUAGUAUGUGAUUUAAACAACAAAAACCUAAAGCAAAGUACAAGUAAUUCAAAGUCAAAUGUGUUUUGAAGGUUUUCUACUUCUUUGGUGCUUUUAAAUUUUAUGCCCUGUAUUUUAUGUUGGCUUACCUUUAUAUGUCAACAAGAAUGGAAUAAUUAAGAAUUUCAUUCAUCUUUUCAAGACUGCUGAGAAGUUGAAUAUCUCCAUUCUGUUCAUCUGUUGGAAAAUCAAUCAUAUUAGUUGUUACUUUUUUUUUAAGGUUCAUCACUAUUUUACCUGAAACCUUUAUGGCAUGUGAAAUAUUCUCUGAAGUUUUCAGUUGAACCCAAUCGAGAAUACAUAGAAAAAUAUAUUGUCAGAAGCACUACACAUUUUACAUGACCCUAUAUGAGAUUUCAUUUUAGGCUUUAGAGAUUGUAAUUGUAGAAUGUAAUAUAAUGGAAUAAAAUAUUGUCAGGAAUCAUGAUAAGAGCACCACUCAUAUUUUCGUAUGUAUCUUUUUGUCCAAUCCACAACCAAUUACAGAUUUGAGGAAAGUGGCAAUACUGUCAAGAAUAAUUGCAAAAUGAAGUGAACAUUUUUGCCUGCACAUUUAUUUAUAAUUAAUAUACCAGUUUGAGAAAUAUUCAAAAACAUAAUGCAAUCUAAUAUUUGAGUUUUAAUAGAAAACGGGUGAAACAUUUUGUUUUCAUUCCCAUUUUUUGGGUUGAUGAACAAAUGUGUCUUGCUGUCAUUGCAUUCAUGAAUGCACCUAGAGUACAUGUUACAGUUUUCUAUUCCCAAAAGAUGAAAAAUUUAGGAGAAAGUGAUUGUCUGCAAUACCUAGUACUUUGGUUUCUGUAAUUCAUUUUUCUCAAGCAGGUACCAUUGAAUUUAUACAAAAUAUUUUUCUAAAAGCUCAGAAGUUGAAAAAACAGCAGUGCCUUCAAUUUGUUUAAAUAAAUAUGUUUGUUUCAGUAAUCAAACCUCGUUUUAACUUUUUUUUCAUCACUGAAACUUGGAAUUGAGAAUCUGAAAAGGAGUUAGUUAGAGUUACAGGUUUCAUUUCACCA